AAUGCUUUUUACGUUCAAGGGGAGGAUCACCUGUUAUCUCCUAGCAGCAUCGUUGCUCUCCUGUGAUUAUCUUGUUUAGAAUGAAUAAUGAUGAUUUCUCUGCCGCUCGAGGGAAAAUGCCGGCGGUUCUUGAUAAAGUCGACAUGUCUUUGGAUGACAUUAUUCGGUUAAACAAGAAAGAGAAACAAUUCAAGUGGCGACAGGCCAACACGAAGCGAAAACCAUUCAAGAAGAAAGGCCUUUUGAGCCAAGGAAGAGGGCUCUCACAGAGGACGCCGGGAGCCGCGCAGAGAGGAGGAGGCGUGGCACGUGGGGCGGCGGCUAUAAUAAGAAACAGACGAACCCCUCCAUUUACGGGCCGAAGACGGGGUCAGGGGGUCAUCACUGGACUGGCAGCCAGGAGGCCAGGAACCAUAGUGAAACGAGCGGGGGCUCUCAACCGAGCUGCACUCAACCAGACAACAAGACCGAAAACAAAGCCCUUCUUUCAGCGCGCCGAGGCCCAGUACAGGAGGCCCGACCCUCAGAGGAGGCUUUACCGGCAGCCGGACUCGCUGAGAGGCCAGAAUGCGGCAUCGUUGGGGAGACCUUUCCAGCUGCAGCGGAGACCGCUGCCGUCUGUCCAGCAGAGCCAGAAGGAGGCGCGGCAGGCCACGUUCCUGUAUCGCCGGGGACUCAAGGUUCAAGCCCAGUUGCAGAAGCCAAACCCUCUCACUCCUCCGGUCAGAACGCGGCAGUGGCGCACAUCGCCAGCCGGUAGCGGGAUCUUGACUGUUUCAAUAGACAACCCUACAGCCAGAACUCAGCCGGAGCCCCCCACCGCGUGGACCCUGCAUCCUCCUGCUGCCUCCGCAGCUCCGGUGAAGCCGGAAGCGGUCGAGAAGAAAGUCCCUAAGGGAGUCCCCCUGCAGUUUGACAUCAACAGCGUGGGGAAGCCGCAAACGUCCAUGACGCUGAACGAGCGCUUUCGCAUCCUGAAAGACCAGCGCACCGCCUCAGCACAGACCAGCAAAGGCAGCAGAUUUGUCACCGUGGGUUAGGUUGUCCUGGAAAACCUAUUGAACUCUGGAUUUCAACCCUGCCAAUCCCAGCGGGUGGGUGGGAAACCCCCCCCCCCCCCCCCCCCCCCCCCCCCCACACACACACACACACCACCACCACCUUACUGAUGAAGGAGACUCAUCUGUGGGACGAGCAAGCAGGACCUGCACAACACUUCAGCUGAGGGGACUAAAGUGUAGACAUUUUGGGAGCUUAGAGCCCCCCGCCCAUCGUCUGUGCCGUCAUACUAAGCCCUUUGUACACCAGGAGUUUUUCUAUUCAGACUGUUAACGCCAUGAAGCUUUCGUUUUCAGAGGGAAUCGCUAUGUAUUUGCUAAAAUGGUGUGUAUUCUGUAUUUUUUUUUUUUUAAACAUUUCAAAGUUUUGUAAUUUCAAAUAAAGUUUCCUCAAAUCUGA